AUGGCGGAGUCGCGGCGGGGUGAGGCCCGGCCCGGCGCGGGGCCCAACCCGCUCCCGACGCGCCGCAGACCUUCCCCGACGGCCCGGGAGGCCCGCGCGCCCCGGAAGGCGCUGCGGCUGGAGACGCCGCCCCGCUCGCCCCCGCGCGCCCCGGCGUCCGCGCUCCUGGCCUUGCUGCUGCUGCUGGACCGAGGCAUGUUCUCCCCCGCGAGGGCGCCCGCGCGCGCGCAGCAGCGGCUCUUCGCGCACAUCGACGGCCGCCAGCACGAGUUCGUGCAGACCCUCAAGGAAUGGGUGGCCAUCAAGAGCGACUCCGUGCAGCCAGCCCCCCACCUCCGACAGGAGCUCAUCCGGAUGAUGGCCCUGGCCGCUGAGCACCUGCAGCACCUGGGCGCCAGUGUGGACACCGUGGACAUGGGGUGGCAGCAGCUGCCCGACGGCCAGACGCUGCCGAUACCACCCAUCAUCCUGGCCGAACUGGGCAACGAUCCGGGGAAGGCCACCGUGUGCUUCUAUGGCCACCUGGACGUGCAGCCCGCCAGGCUGGAGGACGGGUGGCUCACCGACCCCUACACGCUGACGGAGCAAGACGGAAAGCUUUACGGACGAGGAACGACAGACAACAAAGGUCCCGUGCUAGCGUGGCUUAACGCCGUGAGCGCCUUCCGAGCGCUGGAGCAGGAUCUCCCCGUGAACAUCAAGCUCGUCAUCGAAGGGAUGGAGGAAGCUGGCUCUGUUGGCCUGGAGGAACUGGUCAAAAGGGAAAAGGACCGGUUCUUCUCUGGCGUAGACUACGUUGUGAUCUCCGACAACCUGUGGCUCAGCGAGAAGCCGGCGCUCACCUACGGGACUCGAGGGAACAGCUACUUCAUGGUGGAGGUGAAAUGCCGAGAUCAAGACUUUCACUCGGGAACCUACGGCGGAAUCCUCCACGAGCCAAUGGCUGACUUGGUUGCUCUCCUGGGCAGCCUUGUGGACUCGUCGGGUCACAUCCUCAUCCCUGGGAUCUAUGAUCAAGUGGCUCCCGUCACAGAUGAGGAAAGAGAAAUGUAUGAGGCCAUCGAUUUGGACCUGGAAGAAUACCGGAACAGCAGCCAGGUCAAGAAAUUUCUGUUUGACACCAAGGAGGAAAUUCUGAUGCACCUGUGGAGGUACCCCUCUCUUUCUAUUCAUGGGAUCGAGGGCGCAUUUGAUGAGCCAGGAGCAAAGACAGUCAUACCUGGCCGGGUCAUAGGAAAGUUCUCGAUCCGUCUGGUCCCUCACAUGAACAUCUCGGUGGUGGAAAAACAGGUCAAACAACACCUGGAGCAGAUUUUCUCCAAAAGAAACAGUUCCAACCACAUGGCGGUUUCCAUGACGCUGGGGCUCCACCCGUGGGUGGCGAACGUUAAAGACCACCAGUACCUGGCAGCCAGAAGAGCCAUCCAGACAGUGUUUGGAUCAGAGCCAGACAUGAUCCGGGACGGAUCCACCAUCCCAAUUGCCAAAACCUUCCAGGACGUCAUCCAGAAGAGUGUGAUGAUGCUCCCCCUGGGCGCGGUGGAUGACGGCGAGCACUCCCAGAGGGAGAAGAUGAAUAGGUGGAACUACAUAGAGGGAUCCAAAGUGUUUGCUGCCUUCUUCCUCGAGCUGGCUAAGCUGCACGGGGAACGCCAGGGACCCGCAGCUUAGCUCUGGCCCUCUGCGGAGCCCCUCUUCCACCGAACCCCAGCACCCCGCCUUGCCCGCGAGAUAAUUUCUCCUUCCCACCGGAGAUGAUCUUUAAACAUCAGGACAUCAAUCGAGUAUUUCAAGGCACUCCCUAAAGCCACCGUCCCUUCGACCGCUUGAUGCCCCCGAUUCCUACACCUGCAGCCCCGGGACUGACUGCAGCCCGGAGGGAGGAGGGGGGACCUCCAGGGACGGCCCGGCCCUGCAGCGGGGUGGGCCCUGCAGCGUCCCACCUGCCCCCUGCGCGCGCCCCCAGGCUGGAGCGCCCUUGCUUAUUAAUAAAAAUGUCGUCUGUCCCACCGCGCCCCAGAGUGGCCCCUGGGUCGUUGUCAGAGGCGCUCCUUCAGCCCACACCAACGUAACCUCUGCCCUUGCUUGGUUUUCCCUGCUUCUUUAAAAGCUCUGACGUGGGAAAUGAGCGAUACUCGCAUCCUGCUUCUUGGCGUUUCCGAGCAAAGAUUUGUUUUUCACUCCAAGCCUCUUUAUCUUUGGGGUGUUGGCGCCCAAUGGGCCAGCCCCUCCCAUGUCCUGCCCCACCAGGGAAGACCCCCUCUCCGGCCCCUGUGAGCAUGCAGCCCCGGCUGCCAGUCCCGGUGGGCAUCUCACUGGGGCUGCGUCCAGACUGCGCCAAGCUUUUCCCGCCUGGAAAAAAGGGCUGCUCGGCCCGGCCAGCAGCCGCACCCUCUAAAUCUACAGCGUCGGCUGAGGCGGCCUUCACCAAUCCUUUAAAACCAUCUCAUUGGGCUUGAUUGGAUUUAAUGGUGUAACCUCGCGCACCGAAGAAUGUAAUUUUUUACAGCUGAGUGUGUGCAAACACUCAGUUCACUCUGUUCGUUAUUUAAAUCGCAUUCGUGGAGAAGAGUUUACGGGUUUAUUGGAACGUGUCCCUCAUGCGCCACGUGGAAGCUAGACGUGCACGCUUUCUUGGAGGUGGGCGUGGCGACUUGCUGUGCCAAAGGCGAUGUGGCUGGACCUAGGACCAGAGACCCGAGGGUCUGGCCCCCGGGCAGCAGCCUGGCGGGCAUCCUCCAAGGAUCGUCCUCUGGCGCCGGGCGCGGCUGGCCCUGUGCUCAUCAGCAUGGUCCGUGCUCAGUGACGCCGCUGCACCUGGUGAUGCUUCCGUGGGACCUACCUGCUGGAUUGGGCGAAACAUGCAAGAUAUUUGUGAUUUAUGUUUUUUAUUUUUUUAAAGAUUUAUUUACGCAUACAAGAACUGGGGUACAGGCCA